AUGUCGGCACCGUGGACGCGUGUGCCCGGCGGCGGCGGCCCCUCUGCUACGGGUCAUACUGCCAGAGGCUCCAACGAUAGCGCCACGCUCAAUCAGCCCGUCCGCACAUACAACGCUCCCCUGGCCGGUCAAGCCGUUGGCUCAGCUGCCUACUACGACAACGUGGCAGACUAUCCCUCGGAAAAGGAGUACGAUAACUACCCUUCCAGCUACGCAGCCGCUGGCCAAUGGACCAAUGACGACAGUCCCGAUCUCUCCAACUCCUACCCGCCCACCCAAUCUGCCCCACAAACACGGCACAGGCAAGACUACUCGCACUCCACCGACAUGAGCAAUCGCCUCGAGCAAGUCAUGAACAAAGGCAAAGCUGCCGCAGCCCCUUCCGCAAAGCGUCCCGGGUACAAGCGUCAGGACAGCGACUCCUGGGAGCGUCUCCUCAAAGGCGCCGGCUACGCGAGCGAUAGCGCCAACGCUAGCUUUGUCGGUCUCAACGGCCGUCCGACCGCAAGCAACAGGCUCGGCCAUCCCUCUGUGCGACUCUUCCUCUACAUCCUCAUCCCCACCGCCCUCUUCUGGAUCCCGGGUCUCGUCGCUCUUUUCCUCUACGAUGCGAGACCAGCCAACCAGUUCAAGAACCCUGCUGUGCUCGACGUCGGCAUCUUUUGGUGGUCCAUCUGGCUCAGCGCCAUCUGGAUCGGCUGGUGGCUGUGCCGUGUCGGUUCCAUCUUGGUGCCUCGCAUGCUACGCUGGACCAUAGGAAACCUCCAUCCAAAGAUGCGACGAUACACCGAAUUCCUUAUCACCACCGAAAAGUAUGUCGCCUUCUUCCUAUGGACCAUCGUCCUCGUUGCGCUCUGGUUCGCCAUCGUCAUUGGCAACUUUCAAGGCGCAGACAAGGCGGCCAUCGAGCAAGCCUCUUUGACUCCGACCAACUCGACGUCGACCGCCGGAUCAUCGGGCACCACAACCGUCAUCACCCAAAAGAACAACGACAGCUCCUGGCCCUCCACCAGCGACUUUAUGCUCUCUGGCUACCGUCUCUGGUUUGGCAUCUGUCUCAGCGCUGCCAUCUUGCUCGGCGAAAAGAUCCUCAUCCAAGCCAUCGCCUACAACUUCCACCGCGUCUCGUACGAAGACCGCAUCUCGACCAGCAAGUUCAACAUCAAGGUGCUUACCACGCUCUACGAAAACGCCAAAAACAUCCAGCGCAAAGACACCUAUAUUGCCGCCGAGCACGAAGCCAGGCGCAAGUCGACUGGUCUCCACAUGGCCCGCCACCGACUUCGCAAGACGGGUCAAAAGGUUCGAGACGCAGCUCUCACCAGCACCAGCGUGCUCGGAACCGUCGCAAGUGAGAUCGCCGGUCAGGGCGUGCUCCAGCCGGGCAACGCUCGCUCCGUCGUCGUCUCGUCGCUCAACUCUCGCAAGCAGACCCAAGCGCUUGCUCGAAGGAUCUGGUACAGCUUCUGCCCACCUGGCAAGUCGGAGCUCAUCGUCGACGACCUCAUGCACUGCUUUCCCGACGCAACCACCGCCGAGGCUGCCUUCGAGAUCUUUGACCGUGACCUCAACGGCGACAUCACAAAGGACGAGCUGGAAUCGGCCUGCAUCGAGAUCCACCGCGAGCGAUUGGCGCUGCAGCUUUCGAUGCGCGAUGUCGACUCGGCCGUAGGACGUCUCGACUCCAUCUUUAUGAGCGUCUUCAUCCUCAUCGCCGCCAUCAUCAUCGCCGCCAUGCUUUCGAUCGCCUUCAGCACGCUCGUCACUUCGUUCGGAACGCUCAUCCUCGGUCUUUCUUGGCUCAUCGGUAGCACCGCUCAGGAGACGCUCGGCGCCAUCAUCUUCCUGUUCGUCAAGCAUCCCUACGACGUCGGCGACCGUGUCGACGUUGGCGAUGAUGCGUACAUUGUCAAAGAGAUGCGACUGCUCACCACCGUCUUCAAGACCACCAAUGGCAAGAACGUCAUGAUCAGCCACAACCAGCUCGCUACCAAGCCCAUCGUCAACCUGCGUCGAUCGAGCGCCAUCGAAGAGACGUUCAAGUUCGAGGUUGCUUACAACACUUCGUUCGCCCAGAUCGAGGCGCUGCGAACCAAGAUGGUGCACUGGCUCGACGGUGAGAAGCGUGACUUCCUGCCUGGUCUCGACAUCAACGUCGUCGACUUCCAGGAGCAAGGAAGCUUGUUGCUGUCGGCUGGUAUUCGGUACAAGUCUAACUGGCAGCAGGGUGGCCUCAAGGCGCAGCGACGCAACCGAUGGCUCUGUCAGCUCAAGGUGUUCCUCGCCGAAUGCCGGAUCUACGGUCCCAAAGGCGAUCCCGGCGAGACUGCGCUCAGCCACGUGGUCAACGUGCCAUUCCCGCCGCCCGAAUCGACCACCACGUUCACGACUCCCGACGCAGGUGUGCAGAGCACGCUCGGUGCUGGCGAGCGUCCCUACAAGUUUAUGGACACCGGCGCUACCUUUGGCGGUCACGACGUAUUCGACGAAGUCGCAGGUGAAGCUGGCACUGCGCCUGUAACUGCUCCGCCUUCGCGACCGCUCUCACCUGCCAAUGCGUUGGAGCAAGGUAGGCUGCGCAGUCCAGCGGGCCUGCCCACUUCGUCGUCUGGACCAGCACCGCCUUACCCGGCAUCUCGCCGAGCUGGAGGUGCGAGCGAGUCGUACGAACUGUCUGACCAGCCUCGUCGUAUCUAG